CCCCGGAAGAGAGAGGCGAUUACGUACGAGCUACGCCCGCCUUCUUGGUCGGACUGUCCGCAGCGCACGUGUUGCGUCCACCCUUACCUACUCUCUCUCAAGAUGCUUACCGCGGGCGUGAAGGGAGCCCUCUGGCUCGCCUUCGGCUCGGUGGUGGCCGCUCUGGGACAGGAGAGCAUCAUCUCGACCAACGCCCAUGGCGCCCACUUCCAGAUCGCCGGCGGCCACGUGGGCAAGGGCCAGAUUCUGGUCUCGAGCAACGACUACUGGGGUGUCAUCCGCGCUGCCGGUGACCUCGCCGUCGACUUCGGCCGCGUCACGGGAACGAACUACACGCUCAGCAACGGUGAGAGGAACGCGGCCCCCGCGACGUACACGUACCAUCCGGUCAACAACAAGAAUAACACUUACUAUUCCACGACCGGGACCGCCAACUUCACCGGCCCGGCCUACGCAGACCCCGACCCGGAGAAGGUGGUGAUCAUUGCCGGCACCAUUGGCCACUCCAAGGUAAUCGACAAGCUGAUUGCGUCGCGGUCCCUCGACGUGUCGCGCGUCAAGGGCAAGUGGGAGUCGUUCACCAGCCAGCUGGUCAAGAACCCGGUGCCGGGAUGCAAGCAGGCGCUCGUGGUAGCCGGAAGCGACCCCCGCGGCACCAUCUACGGCAUCUACGACAUCAGCGAGCAGAUCGGCGUCAGCCCGUGGUACUUCUGGGCCGACAGCCCGCCCAGGAAGCACAAGAACCUCUAUGUCACGACCAAGAAGAAGGUCCAGGGCCCGCCGUCCGUCAAGUACCGCGGUUUCUUCCUGAACGACGAGCAGCCGGCGUUGACGAACUGGGUCGCCUCCCACUGGCAGGACACCCCCUACGGCCCCGGCUAUGGCGCAGCCUUCUACGGCCUCAUCUUCGAGCUGCUGCUCCGCCUCCGCGCCAACUACCUGUGGCCCGCCAUCUGGGCGACCAUGUUCGAGGUUGACGACCCCGCGAACCAGCCCCUGGCCGACGCCUUCGAGGUCGUCAUCGGAUCCUCGCACACGGAGCCCCUGAUGCGCGCACAGAACGAGUUCGGCCACUUCUACGAGGGCCCGUGGGCCUACAACCUCAACAACAAGACCAUCGACGACUACUUCCGGUACGGCGUCCAGCGCGCCAAGCCGUACGCCCGCAACAGCCUGUGGACCAUGGGCAUGCGCGGAACCGGCGACACGGCCAUCGAGGGCCUCGGCGUCGAGUACAUUGUCGAGAUGCUGCAGACCCUGGUCAAGAACCAGCGCCAGAUCAUGGCCGAGGGCCUCGGCAUCAAGGACAUCACCACGGUACCUCAGAUGUGGUGCCUCUACAAGGAGGUCAUGUCCUACCUCUCGGCCGGCCUGCAGGUUCCCGACGACGUGACGCUGCUGUGGGCCGACGACAACUGGGGCAACGUGCGCCGGCUGCCGCUGCGGAACGAGACGCAGCGCCACGGCGGCGCCGGCAUCUACUACCACUUCGACUACGUCGGCGGGCCGCGCGACUACAAGUGGAUCAACACGAUCCAGCUGACCAAGACGGCCGAGCAGAUGCACAUGGCCUACGCCCGCGGCGCCGACAGGAUCUGGAUCGUCAACGUCGGCGACAUGAAGGCGCUCGAGAUCCCCAUCAGCCACUUCUUCGACCUCGGCUACGACGCCGAGCGCUGGCACGUCGACAGCACCCGGGAAUGGGCCGAGGCCUGGGCCGCCCGCGAGUUCGGGCCCGCCCGCGCCCGCGAGAUCGCCGACGUCAUGAUGAAGUACGGCAUGUACGCGGCCCGCCGCAAGUACGAGCUGGUCGAGCCCUGGGUCUACUCGGUCAUCAACUACAACGAGGCCGAGGCGGUGCUGCAGCAGUGGGCCGAGCUCGUCGCCGACGCCCAGGCCAUCUACGACGAGCUCCCCGCCGAGGCCAAGCCCGCCUUCUUCCAGACCGUCCUCCACCCGGCCCUCGCCGGCGAGAUCGUGCACCAGAUCAACGUCGGCGGCGCCCGGAACAUGCUGUACGCCGGCCAGAAGCGCAACGCCGCCAACAAGGCCAUCCAGGACGUCCUCGCUUACUCGGCCGCCGACGCGAACCUCACUCGCCGCUGGGAUGCUCUCCUCGAUGGGAAGUGGAAGCACUUCAUGGACCAAACACAUCUCGGCUACGACGGCUACUGGCAACAGCCCAUGCGUAACGCGCUCCCGCCCAUGGUGUAUGUCCAGACCGACUUCACCUCCCUCGCUGGUGAGAUCGGCAUCGGUGUCGAGGGCUCCAACGCCACCGUCAAGGGCGACGACAGGUGGCACGCCAACAGCGGCAACGACCUCACCCUGCCGCCCCUCGACCCGUACGGCCCGGCCACGCGCUACAUCGACAUCUUCUCUCGCGGCUCCGAGGAGUGUUCCUGGACCUUAUCCUCCUCCAAACCCUGGCUCAAGCUGUCCCAGUCCACGGGCGUCGUCGGGCCCAACCGCCCGGACACCCGCGUCCUCGUCUCGGUCGACUGGAAGUCCGCCCCGCCCGCCCCGUACUCCGAAACGGUCCAGAUCAACAUCACCACCCAGUGCACGGGAAUGGACCGGUACGGCUUCGGCGACCCGCACGUCCUUGUGCCCGUGACGGUGCGCGGUGUGCCCAAGUCGUUCAAGCGCGGCUUCGUCGAGUCGGACGGCACCGUCGCCUUCGCCGCCGAGCACUACAGCAGGAUCGUCGAGCCCGCUAGCAAGGGCAACGGUAAGGGUAAGGGUAAGGGCAACGACGAGGACGUCACCUACCACACCUUCGCCUCGUACGGCCGCACCUCGUCCGGCGUCGGCCUGGUCCCGCUGGGCGCCGAGAAGCUCGCGCGCGAGGAGGCGCCCGCGCUCGAGUACGACCUCUACCUCUUCACCAACACCUCGGCCGCCAACGUGACGCUGUACCUGUCCCCGGCGCUCAACUACCUCGGCGACGCCACCCCGCUCGAGUACGCCGUCGCCCUGUUCCCCGCUUCCUCCUCCUCCGGCCCCUCACCGGAGGACGACGACGACGCAGUUGCCGUCAAGCACGUCCAGCCCGUCGGCGCCACCGAGGGCGGCAACAUGCCGCGCGGCUGGGACGGCGCGGUCGCCGACGGCGUCUGGGGCCUCACGGGCGGCUACACCACCAGCUCGUUCGAGGUCGCCCGCGAGGGCGCCUACAAGCUGCGCGUGUGGGCCCUCAUGCCCGGCGUGGUGGUCCAGAAGGUCGUCGUCGACCUCGGCGGCGUCCGGCCCAGCUACCUGGGCCCGCCCGAGAGCUUCCUCGUGGGCAGGGACCGGAUCGGAGCGAGGAACGGAACCAGCUUCCUGGGGUGAAGGGGGGGAAAAAAGAAACUUGCGUUGCUUCUUCUGCCGCUUCUUCUUUUCUUCUUCUUGGAUG